AUAGUCCGCGAAAACCUCAUUCAUUUCCAGGCAGCUACAGCAGUGGGGCGUGUGCCGAACUUUCAUACUGAAAGUAUCACUUUUUCUCAGCAAAUUUUGCUGUGAGAAAUCGUAGGUUUAUUGUAAAACCUAACUGGUGCUCUUAUGAUGAAAUUCUGACCAAAGGUCUGUAGUGAUUUUUGUGGAAAAUUGUUUUUUGGUGCAAGAUCUAGUGCAACGUCCAACGUAACCUGACCCUGACCCUAGGAAGAUUUGGCUCCCGACUUCAAGACUACAACCCGCCGAAAUCAGGUGCAUAAACGACUCAAUUUGGUGAUGCAGCAAGAAAGGAGUUGAUUUUAAGCAGUUAUGGCGGAAGAAUACCAGUGUUCCCUCGUACCAGAGGGUUUUAGGAACAUCCAAAAUUCAGACACAGAAUCUGAAUCAGAACCUCAGAGCUCCGUUCUACCCUUCACAAACCUCAGCCAAGACAAAUCAGACUCGAAAGACGACUCAGGCUUCUACGAAUCAGGGACUCUCUCAGGUUCAACUGUAGGUCACAAUGAAACAUCUACUACUACAGCCACUAUAUGUGAACCCACUGAGGAUACAGCCAACUCAGGAACCGAAUUCAAAAAGCCAAAGCCAACCCCCAAGAAGGCAGCUAACCUCGCAACGUUGGCCAACCUACCUAUUGAUGCAGCUAGCGUGUCAGAAAACGGCGUACCAGUAACUCCGACAAAACCAGCCGACAGCCAAGAUCCCGUAACACCGCUCACUCCGACAGCAAACCUAAAGUUACUGAUGAGCGCGAUCAGUCCGGAUAUCCGUACGCGGGAACAGCAGAUGAAGAGCACGACGAACCUCCAGUCGCUGUUCAGCGCGCUCAGCCCCGACAUGAAGAGCCAGGAGCUGGAGAUGAAGAAGAAGGAACUGUUUCCACGGAAACCGAGGAAAGGCAGCGAGAAGGACGUGGCGUCUCAGACGUCAUCCCAAGACGACGACGACUUGGAAAUCGAUGAGGGGGAGAAACCGGUCAGCAGGAAGGAGAAAUCGCUCGGCUUGCUGUGUCAAAGAUUCCUCUCCAAGUUUCCAGAUGACCCUGAGCCAGGUGCAGCUAGGGAAAUUUGUUUGGAUGAAGUCGCCAAGGAUUUAGGUGUGGAGAGGAGGAGGAUCUAUGACAUAGUGAAUGUGCUGGAGAGUGUGCAGGUUGUCAGUCGUCUGGCCAAGAACCGCUACAACUGGCACGGCAGGACCCUGCUCAACAACACACUCUCACGGCUCAAGGUCCAGGGUCUGGAGAUGAAGUAUGAUGAGAUGAUGGACCAGGUGAAACAGCAGGAGGAGGAGGAUGAGUUUGAGCCGAGGUCUCGCAAGGCGCCGCUUCACGUCAACAAGGACAUGAACAUGCCCAACCGUACGGGGUACCGCUUUGACGCCUCAUCUAUACUGAAAGCUGGUGCUACUGCUAUCGCCAUGAGUCGUAGGGACAAGUCACUGGGAGCGAUGAGCCAGAAAUUCAUCAUGCUGUUCUUGGCGUCCAAGGUCAAGGAGAUCUCCCUGGAGACUGCAGCUAAGGUGCUGAUAGGAGAGGGAGGGCCCUGCUCGGACGAGAACUCCAAGUUCAAAACUAAGAUCCGGCGUCUGUAUGACAUCGCUAACGUGCUGACCAGUCUGGAGCUGAUUAAGAAGGUUCUGGUGCAGGAAGACCGCGGGAAGAAACCUGCAUUCACAUGGAUCGGACCUGAUCCUGACAUUGACACCUUUCGAAGUAUGUAG